GGCCGUUCAUUUAGCAAGUGGAACAACAUGAUUGCGUCAAGCCCUUUACCUGCUCUAUCGAAGUAUCGGAUGGCAGCAUAUCAUCGGGAUACCGCAAAGACAUUAUGAAUGGGGUGCGGUAGAAAUAGAGAUUUCGAUCAGUUCGGCGAAAGGUCGAGGCAAUGAAAGCAAGUCACGACUGACAAUUUCAGCUCGACACGUCCGCGACUUUGAUUCACAUAGCAUUCCACCAUGGAUAUUGACGAGAGAAAUGACGAGGAAAACGAAAAGCUCAUCAACGAAGAGUAUAAGAUGUGGAAGAAAAACUCUCCUUUCCUCUACGACCUUGUGUUGACUCAUGCACUUGAAUGGCCAAGUCUGACUUGCCAAUGGUUUCCAGACAUUGAAAGACAACCCGACAAGAACUAUUACGUCCAGCGGUUACUUCUUGGAACCCACACCAACGAUGAAGAACCGAACUAUCUUCAGAUUGCAUCUGUUCAAAUACCUAAUGACGCUGAGGACGUUGAUAUGCGAAAGUACGAUGACCACACAAAUGAAAUCGGCGGUCAUGGUGCCAAUAGUCAGGCUCAUAUCAAGAUCACGCAAAAGAUUGUACAUGAUGGCGAAGUCAACCGUGCUCGCUACCAGCCGGAAAACCCAAAUAUCAUUGCCACCAAGGCUCGUUCAGGAGAAGUCUUUGUGUUUGACAGAACAACACACGAAUCUUUCCCUAAGGAGAAUGAAAAGUGUAACCCAGCAAUACGCCUUCUCGGUCAUGAUAAGGAGGGAUAUGGACUGGCGUGGAACCCUAACAAAACGCGAUCAAGCUAUGUGCUUAGUGCUGGUUUUGACGGCAAGAUCUGUUUAUGGGAUAUCGCCGCAUCAACAAAGGAGAAUAAGACAUUAGAUGCGUUACAUUCCUUCACAAGCCAUUCAGCAGGUGUAGAGGAUGUGGCAUGGCAUAAUGGCCACGAUUCUAUUUUCGCUUCCGUUGGAGAUGACAAGCGGCUCAUGAUUUGGGAUACCCGUGCCAGUGCGGAAAAGCCUAUAUAUAACGUCCGCGCUCAUAACGCCGAAGUCAACUGCGUUGAAUUCAACCCGGCAAGUCAAUGGGUACUAGCCACAGGAUCCGGCGAUAAGACGGCGGCACUGUGGGAUUUGCGUAACCUGGACAAUAAAUUACAUGUACUUCAAGGUCAUCAAGAAGAAAUCCUGCAACUGAGCUGGUCUCCUCAUCAUGAAAGUAUCUUGGCCACGGCUGGUAGUGACCGAAGGAUCGUUGUCUGGGAUUUGGCUAGAAUUGGAGAUAACUUAUCGUCUGAGGACGCUGAAGAUGGCCCACCCGAGCUUUUGUUUGUCCAUGGAGGCCACACCAACAAGAUCUCUGACUUUGGUUGGAACCCUGUGCAGCCCUGGGUUCUCGCUAGUGCUGCUGAAGAUAAUAUUGUUCAAGUUUGGCAGAUGGCAAGCAAUAUCCAUAGCCAGGGAGCUGAACCUGAGCAACAAGGCGAUGCCAUGGAACAGCAGUAAAUGGCUAAUACAUGUGUUCAACCUCUCUGCAGGCAAGCCGAUUGAAGGAAAAUAAAAAAUUUGAAGGAAUAUUACUAAAUCCAUUAAACGUAAACGGCGUCAUACGACAUGGACUUUCUGACUUCGGUGAUUAGGAAUAAAGAGUUUGGGUAGUGAGAACUUGGGGUAUUGCUUGCGUUUCGUUGCACAGCGCAUAUAUCUCGG